UGAGCCCAGGUACUGCCUACGAUUCACUCCGCUUCCAUCCCGUCUCUGCAUCUCUGAGCUCAGCAUCAUGUCUCUCUACGCUGCCAAGGGGUACGGUGCCCCCUCCGACCGUCUCUCCGCCCCGAAGACCCUCAGCGUGUACGGGGGAGCGGGGGGCAAAGGGAUCCGCAUUUCCUCCUCACGCACGGCUCCUCUCUCCCGUGGCUUUAACCUGGCCGACGGCCUUGACCUGCACGUGUCUGCCAACGAAAAGGCCACUAUGCAGAAUCUGAACGACCGCCUGGCCAAAUACCUGGAGAAGGUGCGCUCCCUGGAGACUGAAAACGCCAAGCUGGAGAAGCAGAUCCGGGAGUGGUAUGAGAAUCGCACUGUAGUCACCCGAGACCACUCUCAUUACUUCACCAUCAUCGAGGACCUGAAGCGCAAGAUUCUUCUGGCAGCUAAGUGCAAUUCUAAGACCAUACUGGACAUCGAUAAUGCCAAGCUUGCUGCUGAUGACUUCAAGAUGAAGUUUGACACUGAGCGCGUCAUGAGGCAGACUGUGGAGGCGGACAUCACAGGCCUGCGGAAGCUUCUGGACGACCUCAACCUGAACAGGUCCGACUUGGAGAUGCAGUUCGAAGCACUGAACGCGGAGCGCAUCUCCAUGAAUAGGAACCACGAGGAGGACUUGGCUCAGGUGCAGUCACACAUUGGAGGACAGGUGAACGUGGAGGUGGAUGCAGCGCCCUCUAUGGACCUGAACCAGGCCAUGACAGACAUACGAGAGCACUAUGAGUCUGUGGCAACCAAGAACCGCAAAGACCUGGAAGUGUGGUAUCAGAGCAAGGUCGUGCCCGUUGAGAAAGAGGUCAUUCAGCAGAACGAGAGCCUGCUGAUCAGCCGUACUGAACUGAAGGAGUUGAAGAGCACCGUGCAGAAACUGCAGAUCGAGCUGCAAUCCCACCACAGCAUGAAAGACUCUCUGGAGGGAACCUUGAUCGAUACACAGAACCGCUAUGCAAACCAGCUGGCUGGCCUGCAGAAAACUGUGAGUGCUCUGGAGGAUCAGCUUACGCAGAUCCAUGGAAACAUUGCCAGCAACAAAAUGGACUACGACCAGCUCUUGGAUCUGAAGACCCGUCUGGAGAUGGAGAUCAGCGAGUACAGGAGGCUGCUCGAUGGGGAAGACAGCAGCACAACCCAAGUCGUAACCAAGGUGAUCACCGUGGUGGAAACAGUUGUGGAUGGGAAGGUGGUGGAGAGCUCCAGGACUGUUGACAUUGACGUUGACAGCGACGGCGAGCCAUGAGAGUAAAGAUGAAAUCCCUGGGCAGUAUGAAAUUGCAUACCCAAUUAUAUCCUCUCUAUUCAUUAAUAAUCACCAUAUGUCCCCAAUAAACUCAUUCAUCACCCUGGUGUCAAAAAGUUGCAAGUAGUAAAGUAGUUCAGUUUCUUGCAACUUUAUGAAACUUGAUGGCAAAGCUAUGGUUUAUAGUUUGACCUGGUCCCAAUGUUGGGAAAUAAAGAGAUUCCUUCCUUUA